GCACUUACCAAAAGGUGCGAAGCAGCCAGUCGUAAACCUUGCGAAACAAGCCUGCCAUUUUGCUUAUGGUACCGUCCAGUGCCUCUGGUGAUUGCGCGAGACUGAUGGCUUUGCUGCCUUGCCAGAUGUGGCUCCCAGGCAAGAGUCCUGCGCGAAGAUCUUAUGCGGGAUCGGCGCGAGGUUGACAAGAUGCGAGAGCAGAGCUGGCCAGGCAGAUGUUUUUAUAAUGGCCCUUCGACGAGACGGGUUCUGGCAGUCCACACUGGCGCCUGCGCAGGUCAAGUGGAUGAGGAGCAGGCCGCUUGGCACCGGGACUGGCGAUCGCCGUGGGCAGUUGGUGCAAGGGCAGGGAGCAGCAGUGCUUGCCUUGCAACGGCCGUCGAAGUUGACAAUCGCGACUUGCCGCCGUGAUGAGCGUGGUGAGACGCAGCCUAGCAGGGCAAAAGGUGCGGGACGCACGGCGAACGCUGUGAUCAAGGACGGCGGUGGUUCUCCACCAGGACGACUGCGAGAGUGCUUUGACGUCCCGUGGCCCGGCCUGAUGGGGCAGGGAGGGAUCUGUCUGAUGGACCGGCAACCUUGCGACAAACCACAGCGGCUAGCAGAGGGCGAUCGAGCUUCUCAUUCGUGUGGGAGCAGGCCCCCUAACCCUUGCAGGCGUGCGGUCGAAGCGCGCGCAGUUCCUAGCAGGUGAUGCCGGAGAUGGUCGCUAGGCGCAGGGCGGCGACGGGCAGCAGGAGCAUGGGAGCUUGGAGCAGGGUGUUUCUCUGAGCUGGAACGGCGAGGUCGUAGACGACGGCCGCGGCCAGGAUGGAGUUGGGACGGGGAUUAGGCCGCCGUCCGACGGCGGAUGACCAACUCGCAAGGCUGGAAGCGGGUGCGGCCUAGCGAGCGGGAACGGACGGGGCCUCCCUCUGUACUAGUGUCUAACUGAGCUGACAGGCCGCCGACAGAGAGCAGCAGCCUACGUGCUCUUGAUGAAGCCCCCGCGCUGCUGAGCAGAUAGUGAG